AUGCUGGGGCGCAAAACGUCAACCCCGACUGACGCUGCCGUAGCGCUUCCAGUUUGGCUGAAGCGAGGUCGCUGCGUCGAGGUACGCACCGCAGAAGGACUCUGGGAGAGCGGCACCGUCCAAUCCAUUCGAGAACGUGACGGUGAGAUCUGGAUUAAGCUGCGGCUUUUUGGGAAAGAAGCAAGUUAUCCGCUUCGUAACGUUCACUUGCGCUGUGGUUCCCAGGAGUUUCCCACAGCUAUCGCGGACGAACGGAAAAAGACUGAAACCCUAGGGUGCAAAAACGGCACGGUUUCGGUAACCAAUGGUCACGCUCCAGAGUGUACGGGCUCGGUGUCGAGUUCGCCACAGCAACCGACACGUCCUUGUUUUGCAGCUGAACUUUUGUCCCAGAGGCGCUCUCCUGGCCCUAACGCUGAAAGCGUCCCCGUGCUCGCACCGAAUACCCAAAGCCUCGACGAGGUGCUGCUGCAGCGCUCGGACUGGCAAGAAGCUGCAAAAAAACUAGUGGAGUUGUUCGCGCUCAAUGACUUCACGCUCUAUGCCUCACUGCUGAAGAUCGACUUGACAACAGAUGCGGUCUGCUUUCAAGUAUCACCGUGUCUCGACCGCGUUGACUUGCUGGAACUCAUUGUCCACGAGUGUCGGGCGCAGCGCUCACAGCGCCUCAACGCGAUAUCAUUGCCGUCCGCUGGGGUAACUGUGCAACAGCCCGCAUUGCCAGAAGCUGUAUUCGCAGAGCUGCUCUCGACAGUCACUUUUCUCUGUGAUGGCGAGCACCCAGAGACAAAGCACUUGCUUGCCUGCCUGCAGAGGCGCGGCGAACUGCUUCCGACGCUGCAGGCAUACAUCUGCGAGCGCUUGCAUGACUUGGUUGGUGCUGCCCGAAAAGCCGCACGCGCACCGCAAGAGGAACGGAUGACGAGCCCAGAGAAAUCGUCGAGGCUGGUAACCGAUGCAUCCAGUGGCGCUGCGGAGCAUCUGAAAGUACCGCAGACCCUGGGCGAUCCCUCUUUCAUCGCUUUGAAUUUGUUCAUUACUGCAUCAAAUCUUCUCGAUACUGCAAUCCGUGACCUGGCGAAGGAGCAACGAGCGCUUCCACCUGCGACCUCUGGGCAAGAGCGGAACGCUUCCCUGGCUCGUGGCGUUCUGGAGGCGCUCCUCCCGUCGCCUGCGUUCAUGCAAAAGCAUCUCGUGACCGUACUCGAUUGGGUUGACCUGCUCCAGCAGGAGUCCUCCACGAGUCCGAAAAGCGUCAUGGGAGAGCGACUCGCGGAGGAACUCGACGAGCAUCUGCGGCUAUUGCUGGGUGGCUGGAUGCUCAUGACCGACUCCGACCUGGCGGCGCUUUCGGUUGUGGUCUCGGAUCUGCGGAUUGCGCAACACUUCUUCCGUCUCUACUCAGUGGAGAGAUUACUUGACUCGCUGAGCCGCAGCGAUCAAGAACGACUCCGAGGUGAGACUGAUGAGGUCGAUCCGGCGCUCUGGGCGAUGGUGCGCAUCUGGCCUGAUCUUGUAGCUGCCCAGGAGCUGUGUUGGUUGCCCAACAGCGGGUACACGCUGCUUCUGCACUGCCAGAAGAUCUGCAAGGAGGCCUGGGGCACCAGUUCGGCCCGGCAGCUGGAGCGCUACGGCGCAAGCACCCUCAGGCAUCAACUUUUGGAGACCUUCACCCGUCUGUGUUGUGCGGAUUCCAAGCUCCUGCUUCGAGCGCUCAGCGAAGCGAGUGCAGUAUCGACCUGGGCAGACCUGCUGAGGCGUCUCUGGGAACUGCUGACAGAGGGCCUGCGCGAAGACGACAUCGAGGAUUCGUCCAGCGACGAGACUCUCACCGAAGACGCCCUUGCACAACAGACGAUGCGCGUCGUUCGAGAUGCCUUCUUCCCAGCGGUGAUGCGCUUUCUGGCCAGCUGCCACGUAGCCUGUUUGCGCGAAUCGUCCGAGCUGUUUCUGCAACGAGUCUGCAAUGCCUUGGGCUUCUCCAGUCGCCGCGGACUCGAUCGACUACUGGCGGUUCUCCGGCGACUGCCGCUUGUCGCUGGACGCCUGACCAAUACCGACGAUCGCGCUGCCUACAUGGUGCUCCUCCACGGAUUGGAGAAUCGGCGACGGGAGGCGUCGGUUGCAGCGGGCUUGCACCCUCUCCACACCAGUGUAGAAGCAGUAGACGUGUCGCAGGAAAGGCCGUCGACAGCACCUGACGCCGCUGAGCCUUCCACUUGUCUCCGACUGCCAGACUGGGACUGGUCCCGUUUGUCCGCUGGAGACUUUGGCGAGCGUAGCUGGUAUACGCUGCUCUCCUACCGACUGGCCAUUCUCGAGGACAGGAAGCAGCGGAUGCUGGAUACGGAUGACGGGAAACCGUCACCGUUUAUCCAUUUAACGGCGAACGAGUAUCUGGUUCCACCGUCCGUUGCACCAGCACAUGCCGAUGUGUGUCAGUGCAUUGGAGCAUGCGUACCCGGAGUCUGCCUGAACAGCACUGUGUGCGUGGAAUGCAAUCCGGCGACAUGCCCAGUUGCUCGGUCGCGGAGCAGUACGGAUCCGCAAUGUGGCAACAUGCGAUUCCAGCGACAAGCCUAUGCUCCCGUGGAGCUCUUCUUCAGUCCAAACGGCCGUGGUUGUGGUAUCCGCAGCCGAGCGCCGCUCAAGAAAGGUGACUUUAUCGUGGAGUACAUGGGUGAAGUGAUUGGCCCGACGGAACUUGCUCGCCGGAAGCGCGAUCACGCCCUCGAACGACAUGUCUAUUUCAUGACGCUUGACCAGAGCACGUUUCUCGAUGCAAGUCGCAAAGGAACCUGGGGUCGGUUUCUGAACCACUCGUGCGAGCCGAACUGCCACACGCAGAAAUGGCUCGUGCUUGGCAAAGUUCGCGUCGGUAUCUUUGCCAGUCGUGAUAUCGCGGCUGGCGAGGAGCUCACCUUCGACUACCGAAUGGAGAGACGCGCUGCUGCUGCUGCUGCCGCCGAGGAGACGUCGCUGUUGCAGCGGGUAUCACCGCGUCGCGACCUGGAUCUUAAUGAGAGCGACGCUUCUGUUCCGAUUCGAUGCCUCUGUCAAGCAGCCUCGUGCAGCGGUUGGAUCAGCGGGGGACCCUUCGCCAGCGCGCUCGACGAACAACAGGCGAUGGAGGCGGUUGAGCAUCGCCGUGCUGCCUCGUUGCAACACAUUACCGAGCAGAUUGCGGGGAUCAGAAAAGCCCUAGGGCCUCGUCGACGAUCAGUUUCAGCGGAAGAGGAUACCGGGGCGGCCGUCGACGCCGCCGCCAAGCUUCUCCUCACCGCCUGGGACGACGGCGACGACGACAUGAAUCGCGAGACACCAGCAGCAGGGGGUCAGCAGGUGCCGGCUUCUGCAUCGGUGACAUCCGCUAUGCUGGUGGAUGUAUCCGCUGUGCCGUAUAUUCCGCGGCGGAAACGAGCGUUUCCCCAGGACGACACCACGGACGCGAAAAGGACGCAGCGCUCCGAGGGAAACGUCGCGUCGUCGUCGUCGUCGUCGGAAGAACGUGCAGCAAUGCAACAGCAUGCCGCGCUUCCCGACAGGAACGGUGCUGAUAAGCACUCGGGUCGCGAGUCUGCGACAGAACAAGCGGCUGCGCCCGCGGGCACCAGUAUCAUCGAAAAAAGCGCUCCGGAGGGAGUCGUUGCCGGUGUAUCACAUCGUUCCGCGAGGAUCACUUGUUUUGCUUGCGGCAAAAUCGGCCAUAAGCGGCGAGACUGCCCUGCUUCGAAAGCAGGUAUUCCUCGUCUGCCGUCGAUCGGUCGCAUUGCAUCGAACGGAAUCACUGAGCAGAAGCAAGCUGCAGGUCAAAUGUUUCAGGGACGAAACAUGUGCUCGACCAUACAUCCGAAAGACGCCGCGGGAAGGCCGGUACAGCACGACCCCAGCGCACAGUGGGCACGUUCAGCGGUUCACGCGAGUUCGGUGCCGCUGGAGACAUCUCUGCAAACGCUACAACAACAGGGCUCCGCUUAUGGCAUGUUCCGUUUUGAAACGAGCACGUAUCGAGGUGUUCUCGACGGCUACGCGAGCGACGCAAGCUGUGGACAGGAGCAUCGUUGA